UUGGAUGGUCUCAAUUGUGGUGGUAUACCUACACGGACAACACCAACUUUAACACCAACUACACUUCGUACCAUAGCUGCCGACAUAGCUAGUUUGUCACCUGGUCCAUCUGAAAAUUUUGCAGCUGCAGCUUCUGACCUACAUCAUCUUGUGUUGUCUUCGUGUUCUACUAUAAACACAUCAACUUUAGAUGCUACUGAUCGUACUGAUUUACAAGAAUGUGUUARCAUACAAAAUCUAAGUAAUCAAACAAUAAGUCUUCAAAGUCUAAAUAAUCAACAAAUUAGUCUCAAUAAUUUACAAAACCACCAAAAUGUAAAUCAAAACACUUUGAAUCAACAGCAGCGUAAUGAUUAUAAUAAUUCUUUUUCAACGGCUACAUCAAGACAGGCUGGUUUUGUGCCACCACUAGUAUUGCAAAUCAAUUCCAGCAACCCCAGUGCUCAACAAUCAUCAGGUACAACAAUUUUAUUAAACAACACCAACAGUUCUGGUUCAAGCUCUAUAUUUAGUGCAAAAGGUUCAUCUACUUCAGCAUCAUCUUCACACUGGCAAGGAGUAGUAGUUACUCAAAGACCUCAUAAUAGAACACAAGGUGUAACAAAACGACUGAUGACUGAUGAUGAAGAUGGUGAUGAUGAUUAUGAUUCUGCAGCUGAUGAUGGAACAGACAGUAGUGAUACAACUUCUAGUAAAAUGACACGCAAACAAAAUACUAAAAMUAAUAAAUCAAAUUCGAAAAAUAGUGUUAAAAAUGAAUUCAAGAAUAGUACUGGCAGUUCAAGUGGUGGUCGUCGAACUAAUAAUAAAGACAACAAAAUGAUGUCAGCUGAAGAAGAACAACGUCGACAGGUUAGAAGAGAACGUAAUAAGCUGGCAGCAGCUCGUUGUCGUAAACGCAGGAUGGACCAUACAAAUGAACUUUUAGAGGAAACUGGGCAAUUAGAAGAUAAGAGGUUGAGGCUACAAGUGGAAAUUCAAGGACUUCGUCAACAAAAAACUGACCUUCAACAGAUGUUAGCUCAGCAUAAGUGUGCUGUAAAUAUGAACAAUGUGCAGUUAUCCAAUUCUGUUWCUACUGUAAAUCAUGCCACUACAAUAUUAGAUUCAAAUGAAAUUUCUGAAACAAAGCCUGCUGUAUUAAGUAAUCAUCUAUCAUCAAUUAAGGGAAAUUCUUUACAGCAAAACAUUAGUACAAACAUAGUAAUCAAUGAUAAUGAUAGUAAUAAUGUUGAAGAUAUUAUAAUAAAGCAUGAAGAUAAUUCUAUAAUGCAAACCGAUAUUGACACCAAAGAUUCCAUAAAUAGUAUUCCUACUUCUGUAAUGCAACAGCCUCAUAGAAGACGACCCACUACACUAUUGCAACUAAACAAUGGCAAUUUUGGUAAUAAUAAAAAAGUAUCUGAAAAUGGCUCUACGGGUGUAGUAGUAUUGAAUUUUGAUUCGCUCAUGGACGGUGGAACAGGAUUAACACCUGUAUCAUCUAGUGGUGGAAGUGUUCAAAAUCAUCAUCAACAAGUUCAAAAUAGCACAGGAAAUGGUGGUGUAAAUACUGAUAAUAACAGUGUUUUAUCAUAAACCAAGUCACCAUAAAUCAAUUUAGUUAGUCAACUAGAAUUAGUCAUUCAAAAAAGUAUCAGUCCAGAGUUGGGCAUAGCAAUAUUUUUUAAAAAGUAGGAUAUUUUUGUCGAGGUAAAGUUUGAUGGUGUUUUUUAAUGGAAUAAAAAGUCUUGAUCAUAAUUUAUCUAGUCAAAUAUAUUUAUUGUAGCCAUAAUAAUUUAUAAAAUUAUAUAAAAAUAAAAAUAAAUAUUUCUGUCAAAUAUACAUUUAUUAAACAGUGGAACUGCCAUAAAUGUGAUAUUGAAAAAUCUAACACAAUAUCUAUUUUUAAUGGAAAGUUCUUGUUAGUUCAAAUCCUAUUUUCAUUUWUCUCAGAUUUUAAGUUGUGUAUUUUACAUGAAUGAUGAAUAAUAUUCUAAUGAAACAUUGACUCAAGCAAAUCUUGAUUUUGUCAUCAAACAUGCUCUUAUUCCUUUUUAUAUAAAUCAAAAUUUUUAAAAUUCAUUAUACCUAUAUUUUCUAAGUUAGGACAUAUUAUAUAAAUUAUA